UGGUUAACAAACGCAUAGCCAAAAGAAGACUGGGCGCCAGGCCCAGAUACCUGGGGUGGGGAGCUCUCUGGCCCUCAGUGUUCCUCCACCACUAAGUAGGUGCAACAGGGAAAGGUCCCUGUUUACCAACUGACCUUGACCCUGAGGGAGACCUUGGCAGGGGCGAGGUGUGUCCAUCUUGCUGGAGGACAUGCCCUUGGGUUAGUUACCCCAGGACACACUGGCCCCAGGGAUUGAAAAACUUAGGAAAUGGUAUUGAGAAAUCUGGGGCAGCUCCAGGAAGGGGGAAGCCACGGGAGCUGCGGGCUGGGCUGAGGUUGCAGGGGGGAGGCGGGAGCCAGAUAAAAGGCAGCCUCCAGCAGCCUCUGCUCAUUCCCUCCCAGUCCGCUUCCUCCGUCCCUCUGUCCCUCCACCGUCCCUGCACCAUGGGGCCUGCCUCAGGCCCCAGCCUGCUGCUGCUGCUGCUUACCACCCUGCCCCUGGCACCGGGGGACCCCAUGUUCUCCAUGAUCACCCCCAACAUCCUGCGGCUGGAGAAUGAGGAGACCGUGCUGCUGGAGGCCCAUGACUUGGAAAACAACAUUGCAGUCGCGGUCACUGUCCACGACUUCCCGGUGAAAAAGCAAGUGUUAUCCAGUGAGAACAGCGCUCUGACCAAAGACAACAACCACAUGAGCACAGUCAAAAUCAAGAUCCCAGCCAGCAAGGAAUUAACAUCAGAGAAGGGGAAAAAAUUCGUGACUAUCCAGGCAGACUUUGGGAGCACCGUAGUGGAGAAGGUGGUGCUGGUAAGCUUUCAGAGCGGGUACCUCUUCAUCCAGACGGACAAGCCCAUCUAUACCCCAGGAUCCACGGUCCUCUAUCGGAUCUUUACCGUGGACAACGACCUACUGCCCGUGGGCCGGACCGUUAUCGUCAGCAUCCAGACCCCCGACAAUGUUCUCAUCAAGAAGGACUCCCUGUCUUCUCAGAACCAGGUUGGCAUCCUGUCCCUGUCUUGGAACAUCCCGGAGCUGGUCAAGACAGGGCAGUGGAAGAUAGAAGCCCACUAUGAAGAUGCCCCGCAGCAGGUAUUCUCUGCUGAGUUCGAGGUGAAGGAGUACGUGCUGCCCAGUUUUGAGGUCCAAGUGGAGCCUACAGAGAAAUUCUACUACAUUGAUGACCCACAGGGCCUGGAGGUCACCAUCACGGCCAGGUUCUUGUAUGGGAAGAAUGUGGAUGGAAUAGCCUUCGUCAUCUUUGGGGUCCAGGAUGGUGAACAGAGGAUUUCGCUGCCCCAGUCCCUCACCCGUGUUCAGGUCAAUGAUGGCAGUGGGGAGGCCAGGCUGGAACGAAAGGUCCUGCUGAGCGGGGUGGAACCCUCCGGAGCAGAUGCCCUGGUGGGGAAGUCGUUGUACGUGUCUGUCACUGUUAUCUUGCACUCAGGUGAGGCCUGGUCUGAGGAAAGGGACCCAAAUGAGGGGGGAGGCCCAGUGUGAGGGCAGAGGCCCAGAAUGGAUGUGGAAUGCAGUGUGACAGGGGAGAACCAGUCUGAGGGCAGAGGGCAAGUGUAAGAGAGGAUAUCCAGAGGAAAGUGAUACCCAGUGAGACAAAGGAGGCCCAUUCUG